GGUUUUACUCCAAAACAUUCUACAAAAUCGGUAAACAUGCAAGUAUUUUCAUAGGCUAAAAUGUUGUUUCUUGCACAAGAUUAUUAUUAUUGUCAUUUCAAAAAUUAUUUCUAAGACUAAAUUUUUAAACAUUAAUUUUUAUGCUAUUUUAUAAAUGUCUCAAUUUUCUAAUUACAUAUAAAUUGUAUUUACAAAGACACAUUACUUUUCAAGUAUUAGACAACCUUUUUUGGUAAAAUACAAUCCCUUUCAUCCUUAAGGAAAACAUUAUUUUGGUAUAGAUUUUUUUUUUUAAUUUUAAUUUAGGUUUGACUCUGUGGAACAUAUAUUGUCCCCACAAAAUAAUACUUUUAUAGAGACAGAAGUUUUCAAAUACUUUAAAAAAAAUAUUAAAUCAAAUACAUUUUCUCAUAAUGGAAACACGUUUCUUUCUUGUUCUCUCAAGAUCACAUUAUAAAUACUCAUCACAGGCUCCAUUUAUGUUCACAAGCAAACCAACUCAACAACUUCACACAACCACACACAUUGUUCUAUUCACACACAAACACACACUAAGUUACUCGAUCGGAAGAAUGUCUCUCGACAAGAACCUGUUGUCAAAGCUAGCUGUCGGUGACAAGCACGGUGAAGAUUCGCCAUACUUCGACGGUUGGAAAGCUUACGAUAACAACCCUUUUCAUCCUGAACAUAAUCCACAAGGUGUUAUUCAAAUGGGCCUCGCCGAAAAUCAACUUUGUUCUGACUUGAUCAAAGAGUGGAUAAAGGCAAAUCCACAGGCAUCUAUCUGCACCGCGGAGGGCAUUGACGGUUUCUCCGACAUAGCUGUGUUUCAAGAUUAUCACGGUCUCAAACAAUUUAGACAGGCAAUUGCGGCGUUUAUGGAGAAAGCUAGAGGAGGAAGGGUGAGGUUUGAGGAAGAGAGGGUGGUGAUGAGCGGCGGAGCCACCGGAGCGAAUGAGACGCUCAUGUUCUGUCUAGCUGAUCGCGACGACGCUUUUCUUGUCCCUACACCUUAUUAUGCUGCAUUUGAUAGAGACCUAAGUUGGAGAACUGGCGUAAGAAUCAUUCCUGUGGAGUGUAACAGCUCAAACAACUUCCAAGUCACAAAACAAGCCCUAGAAUCAGCAUAUCUUAACGCCCAGGAAACCGGCAUCAAGAUCAAAGGCUUGAUCCUCGCAAACCCAUCAAACCCUCUUGGAACAAGUCUCGAUCGUGAAACUCUUCAAACCCUUAUGGACUUCAUCAACGACAAGCAAAUCCACUUAGUCUGCGAUGAAAUCUACGCAGCCACGGUUUUUGCUGAGCCGAGAUUCAUCAGUGUGGCAGAGAUGAUCCAAGAGAUGGAUCAUGUGAACCGCGACCUGAUCCAUAUCGUUUACAGUCUCUCAAAGGACAUGGGUCUUCCCGGUUUCCGAGUUGGUGUGGUUUACUCUUACAACGAUUCUGUUGUGACGUGUGCAAGGAGAAUGUCGAGCUUCGGAUUGGUCUCAUCUCAGACACAGAGCUUUUUAGCAGCUAUGUUGUCUGAUCAGAUCUUUGUAGAUAACUUCCUUAAAGAGGUUUCGAAGAGAGUAGCGAAGAGACACUUGAUCUUCACGGAAGGGCUUAAAGAGAUGGGUGUUUCUUGCUUGACAAGUAACGCGGGUUUAUUCGUCUUGAUGGAUUUGAGGCAGAUGCUUAAAGACCAAACCUUUGAAUCUGAAAUGUCUCUUUGGAGAAUAAUCAUUAAUAAGGUCAAGAUCAAUAUCUCUCCUGGCUCGUCGUUUCACUGCUCAGAGCCAGGUUGGUUCCGAGUCUGCUUUGCUAAUAUGGAUGAAGACACACUCCAAAUUGCACUACAGAGAAUGAAACACUUUGUGCUCAGACACAGAGAGAACAAGAAACGAAAGAGUUUUCAAGAGAAUCUUAAGCUGAGUUUCUCUUCCAUGACGUACGAUGAACAUGUUAGGACACCGACGUUGAUGUCUCCGCAUUCACCAUUGGUCCGAACUUAAAAACGGUCUAUUUCAUUAUAUAUACUUUAACAGAUUGUCUAUAGACACUUAAAUGUAGAGGAAAAAUACAUAAUCAUAUAGAUUUCACUUUCCAAACAAGUUGUUUACUAGUUUUGUGGAUUUUAUAACCAGUUCCAAACAUUACUAUAAUACAUACUUCCUGCUUUGAGUUC